UGUGGCACUCGGCGGCUCUGCUCCUCUCAGGAUUCUCCGCGUUGAUACACGUGUGCUCAGGGGGUCCUCACCAGAGGAGCCUGCUCAAGACCCUCCUGAAGGACUACGACCGCAUGGAGCGACCCGUGGGUAAUGACUCGCACCCCCUGACCGUCACCUUCUCGCUCAGUUUGAUACAGCUCAUGGAUGUGGACGAGAAGAACCAGGUGCUCACCUCAAACAUGUGGCUGCGGAUGGUAAGGACCCCUGAGAGAGCUGGUUCGACCACUAUCUCCAGUGGAACCAGAGCGAACAUCCCGGAGUUAAAAACCUCCGCUUCAGAGCAGAUCAGAUAUGGACGCCAGAUAUUCUGCUGUACAACAGAUGACGACUUUGACUCCACCUUUAAGACCAACGUGCUGGUCAACUCCAGUGGCUACGCGGAGUAUUUACCUCCAGGCAUCUUCAUGAGCACCUGCAACGUUGACGUCCGCUGGUUCCCCUUCGACAUCCAGAAAUGCGUGCUCAAGUUCGGCUCGUGGACGUACGACGGCUGGCUGCUCGACCUCCAGAUGAACGACGCGGACGUGUCGGGCUACAUGCCCAACGGGGAGUGGGACCUCAUUGGAGUGCCCGGCACCCGGAAUGAGGUUUUCUACGACUGUUGUAAGGAGCCUUACCCGGAUGUGACCUUCAUUGUAACCAUACGACGGAGAACGCUCUACUACGCCCUCAACCUCCUCAUCCCCUGUAUGCUCCUCUCUUCUAUGACCUUACUCAUCUUUGUGCUACCUGCCGACUCUGGAGAGAAGAUCUCACUGGGGAUCACCGUCUUGCUCUCGCUGACUGUGUUUAUGCUGCUGGUGGCUGAGAUCAUGCCGGCUACGUCUGACUCUGUCCCGCUAAUAGGUCAGUACUUUGCCAGUAUAAUGAUCAUCGUUGGCAUGUCAGUCAUCGCCACAGUGGUGGUCCUGCAGUACCAUCACCACGACCCCAAUGGAGGAAACAUGCCCAAAUGGGUGAAGCUGGUGCUGCUUCAGUGGGUGGCGUGGUUCCUGCGGAUGAAGCGCCCCGGCGAGACAGAGAAACCUGAGAGGCCUCCCUGCGCCCCCCACCUACGCCGCUGUUCCUCGGGCUCCCAUAGCGGUAGCAUCCCGAACCACGGCGACCCCGCCCUGCACCAGCUGCACCCUCAGAACCUCGCCCCCCUCCACGCGGGGCACCCGCACCUCCAAUCCAGCGCCAACAACGGAAACCUUCUUUACAUGGGCUUCCAGCCGAUGGAGGAACCCUCGGUGCUCGUGGACGCCCCCCAGAGGAGUAACAACAUCCCCACAGGACCCCGGAGUCCGCCUCCGCACCUGCCGCCCCACCUAUGCAGCUCCCCUAGUCCCAACAUGGAUGCCGUAGGAUGCCCCAGCACUGUCUCCAGCGGUGGGGGGUUUGGAGGCGGGGUGGGCGGCGUGUGCCAAGUCCCAGGUCACGGGGACCCACUGCUUCAGGCCAUCCUGGAGGAGGUGCGCUACUUGGCGGACCGCUUCAGGGAGCAGGACGAGGCGGAGUGCGUGGCCGACCAGUGGAAGUUUGCGGGCGCCGUCAUCGACCGCCUGUGCUUGGUGGCGUUCAGCGUCUUCAACAUCAUAUGCACCAUCUCCAUCCUCAUGUCGGCGCCCAACUUUGUGGAUGCGGUUUCCAAGGACUUUAUCUGAACCCUCAAGAGUAUGAAGCGGGCUCGGAUCCAGGCAGACACAUUCUCCUGUGGAUUGAAGACUGCAAGAAAAUGUGGAUUUAGUGAGCAAAUUUUUAUCUGAUGUGCGGUGAAAUGUCAAUCCAAACUCGAAGGCAGGGACAACCUCUCACCUGGGAGCUUGAUGGGGGAAAAAUCCAGGAUGGAAAGCCUCCAGUGUAGUGAAGAUGGGAGGAGAACAAGACAAGGACAUGCAGAUGAGGGAAGAUAAAGAAGAAGGUGCUCAUCUAUUAUUCAAUAACGCGUCUAAUGGUCGUCAAAUUGAAAAGUCCUCCCAACGUCUUUAAUGUGAGACUAAUCGUUGUUGAAAAGAUGACUUGGGCCAUUUUGCAUUUCCAAAGGUCUUAUUAUCUCUUAGCACACAUCCAAAAUGAAUUGAAGCUGCAAAAUGUAGUGCGAGGCAGAUCUCGGAUCAGCGGUAAAGCUACACAAUCAAUAGGGAAGAGCAACAUCUUAUUCAAUGCCGGCAAAAGUGUGUCAUUCAAACGGUAGAAUCCCACAAAGGAAGCAGGCUCUCUCUCUCCCUCCCUUUCGCUCGCUCGUCAAUGAACACGAGCAACAAAAUCAAUAGUAUAAAGAUUUUCUGCUCGUGGCACAAUGCCCCUUUGCUAAUUUGUGCCUAAUGGAGAUCUUCAGAGACGGAGAGAGGGUGGAUCAAAAUAAUCACAAUAACCUAAUGAGCUCUGUGGAAGCCCGUUUCCUACACUGAAAGGACAAAAAAUAUCGCAAUGGUAAGUUAUAAUUGUGAGACAAAAGUCGCAAUUAUGAGAUAGUCAUAACUGUGUGAUAGGAAAGUCACAAUUAUGAGAUAAAAAAGGCAAAAUUAUGAUACGAACUGCGCAUGUGCCACGUGCAUGUGACAAAGGUGCCAGUGAAGGCGGCACAUGUGCAGAUUGUAUCUCAUAAUUUUCACUUUAUAUCAUAAUUUCAACUUUUUAAAUCAUACUUUCGACGUUUUAUCUCGUAAUUUCGACUUUUUUAAAAUCUCAGAAUCAUGACUUUUUACCUCAUAAUUUCGACUUGUUAAUUCAUAAUUAUGACUUUGUUUCAUAAUUAUGAUUUACCAUUGGGAAAUUUUUUUUUCAGUGGCGGAAACUAGUGAUGUGCGAUACCACUGAUUUCAUUUCCGAUCCCAUACCGAGUAGAAUUCAGGCGGGGGAUCGAUCCGAUACAAAUACUUUGCAAAUUCACCUGUUGUCAAUUUUUAGAAGUUGUGUAUUCCAUAUCAUUGCAUAAAAAAUACAACACAUUUAAUGAAUACACGUGUCCUGUAUGGUCCUGAACCAAGUGUCCUGUAAUUAUUAUUUCAAACCAUAAUCUUUGGUUUAGCUCUUGUAUUGGAUCAGUAUUUUGGCCAGUGAGCGUAUAUUUAUUAACUUCCUAUCACCACAGGGGCAAGGCCCUGCAGUUCCCGUGUGUCUUUAAUGUCUCUCCACCGCAUUUCACCUGUUUCCCACAUCAUUCCUCGUCCUGAAAUUAAAGGUAUUCUCUCUUUUUGUACCGUCAUGGCCUGCUGCACAAAAAAGAAGGGGGAGGGACGAUGGGCAGGGAAAGCGCUGACACGGCCUAAACUGAUGGUCGUUCAGGAAGGGGGAGACGUGGCGGAGGAAGAAUGGGAUGAGUGAAAGAGGUCAGUGUCGGAAAAAGGGAUGGGUAAUGUUUGCGAUUUAUGAUGGGAGGGGCCGGGACAGGAGGUUCUGGGGAGGAGGAAUCAUAGGAAAGGUCGGGGCACUCCAUCAUUACAAUAUACACACACUGAGGAAUAAACAGAAAAUGACUAUUUCACACGGCGACAAACGUGUGUGUCACUAUGUCAGUGUGUCAUGAGUUGUAUUUAUAGCUUGGACGGGGGGGCCUUUCCCUUCUGGCAAAAAAGAAGUGCAGCGUCAGCAAAGUGAGGACAGGCAGAGUUACGGUGUUCACUCAUAUGGAAUAAAAGGAGAGUGUGUGUGUGAGAGAGAGAGACGAAGAUGUGCUGUCUUUCAAGCCUUUGUA